UCAUUUCGAUUUGAUUGUCGCUCAAUAAUUCAAGAACGACAUUUUUGCGAGUCCCAAAAAUUUUUACUGGGACGCAUUGGACAAAAACAAACUUCUAACCACAAUAACUUUUGACAAUUCAACCAAAAUACGGUGAAAAUGAUUCGGGAACUGAACAAAAUUUUAAAAUAUCGAAAAGAUCUGGUUUGGCAUGUGCGAAAUCAGAGCACAAGUCCAGCCGUACGGAAUACGGUUUCAGUUUGUAAUGGGAACUAUCCAACUGAUAGUUGGACAAAUGUCACACCGAAAAUACUGUCCUAUACUGGCCGUAACAUCUAUUUGCAGAAGAACCAUCCACUUUGCAUAAUACGCAAUCAAAUUGUGAAUUAUUUCUACAAAACAUUUGUCAACCCAAAGGGAAAUGCAAUUUUCAGUGUGUUCGAUAAUCUGUCGCCAGUUGUGACAACAGAACAGAAUUUUGACCAACUACUUAUUCCGAAAGACCAUGUAAGCAGGGCGAAGAGUGACUGCUACUAUGUGAAUGAACAACACUUGUUACGUGCCCACACUACAGCCCAUCAGGUUGAUCUGCUAAAAUCCGGACUGGAUAACUACUUAAUUGUCGGUGAUGUCUACCGUCGUGAUGAAAUCGAUGCAACUCACUUUCCAGUAUUCCAUCAGAUCGAUGCCGUUCGAACGUUACAUCGCGAUAAGCUGUUCAAAAACAACCUGGAGCUAGAGAUUUUCGAGAGCAAUUUCAAAGUAAAUCCAUCAUCGUUCCUACCGAUCAAGUCCAGUCUGAAAUGCAUCGAUCAAUCGAAACAGCCGUGUCACACAAUGGAAUCGGUUAAGGUGAUGGAACAUGAAAUCAAAACGGUUCUGGUCGGACUAGCACAACAUUUAUUCGGCAAAAACGUUGAAUACCGCUGGGUCGAUUCAUACUUUCCAUUCACGCAACCGUCAUGGGAACUAGAAGUUUACUGGAAGGGUGAAUGGCUGGAAUUGCUCGGUUCGGGUAUUAUAAGAAACGAAAUAUUGGAAAAGAGUGGCAUCAGCAAUACGAUUGGUUGGGCGUUCGGCGUUGGCUUGGAACGUUUAGCAAUGGUCUUGUUCGAAAUACCCGACAUUCGUCUGUUUUGGAGCAACGACAGCGGAUUUCUGAAUCAAUUCAAAGCCGAAGACUUCGGUAAACACAUAAAAUACAAACCGGUUUCGGUGUAUCCGCAAUGUUCGAAUGAUGUGUCGUUUUGGUUACCCGACAAUGUAAAACCCGAAAACUUUUCGGAGAAUGAUUUUUACGAUUUGGUUCGGGAUGUGGGUGGUGAUUUUGUCGAACAGGUGUCUCUUGUUGAUAAGUUCACCAAUGCAAAGACUGGCAAGUCGAGUCUGUGUUUUCGAAUAGUCUAUCGACACAUGGAAAAAACGCUGACUCAAGACGAAGUAAAUGAAAUUCAUAGCAAAAUAGCGUCAACUGUUGAACAAAGUUUAAAUGUUACGAUUCGAUAAAGUGUGAACCUGAGAUUUGUUUUCGUUCGGUAAAAUAAUUAUGAAUAGAGUGAUACGAUAACAGUGCA